UACAAUGACAAAUAAAAAAAGUAGGGAUGAGCGCCAUGUCUGAUUCUCCGGUAGUGUAAUAGAGAACGGGACACUUUAACGUUUUAGCUCCAGGGUCGGGGAUCGCGUUCGGUCUCGGUAUCGAGGAUGUCCGAGAGCGCAGGGGUUCAGCAGGGCUCCCCGGCCAUCGGUGCGGCGGGAUCGGCUCCUGCGGCUCCGGGAGCCGGGGGAACGGAGGGUUCGGGCGCCACGGUAGGAUCGGCACGAAUCGCGGCGAAGAAGGCGCAGCUCCGCUCCUCCCCGCGCCCUAAGAAACUGGAGAAGCUCGGAGUGUAUUCCUCUUGCAAGGCUGAGGGGGCCUGUAAGUGUAACGGCUGGAAGAGCCAGAACCCCCCUCCAACGCCGCCCCGUACGGACCAGCUGCCCAACUCUGUCAACCUGCUGGAGCCCUGCCGCAGUUGUUCCCACACACUGGGUGACCAUGUAACCCACCUGGAGAACGUCUCAGAGGAGGAGAUGAACAGGCUUCUGGGUAUAGUCCUGGACGUGGAGUACCUGUACACAUGUGUUCACAAAGAGGAGGACGCUGACACCAAACAAGUCUACUUCUCCCUCUUCAAGCUGUUGAGGAAAUGCAUCCUACAGAUGGGCAAACCUGUAGUGGAGGCACAGGAGAGUCCUCCCUUUGAGAAACCCAGCAUCGAACAGGGGGUGAAUAACUUUGUCCAGUACAAGUUCAGCCAUCUUCCCUCCAAGGAGCGACAGACCAUCGUGGAGCUGGCCAAGAUGUUCCUCAACCAGAUCAACUACUGGCAGCUGGAGACGCCCUCGCAGAGACGACAGCGGGCUCCUGCUGAUGAUGCUGCCGGGUACAAAGUAAACUACACCAGAUGGCUGUGCUACUGCAACGUCCCCCAGUUCUGUGACAGUCUACCGCGGUACGAAACGACCCAGAUCUUCGGUCGGACCCUGCUGGGCUCAGUCUUCACUGUGAUGAGGAAACAGCUGCUAGAGCAGGCCAGGCAGGAGAAGGAUACGUUACCCCCAGAGAAACGCACUCUCAUCCUCACACACUUCCCCAAAUUCCUGUCCAUGUUGGAGGAGGAAGUGUACAGUCACAGCUCUCCCAUCUGGAGCGAAAACUUCCUGGUUGGAUCCACAGGAGGACAGAUCCCCAUCCAUACAGUGAUCAGUGCGCCACCGGUGGCCAGGCCUCUGUACUACAGCACCAGCCCAGUUUCAGUGGACCCAUCCAGCUGUGGCAGUGUCAGUCCUGCCAGGAAGACAGCCUCUGCUCUGGAACCCAGCCCAGGUGGGCAGAAGCGGAAGCCAUCGGAGCCCAUACCCCAUGACGAGACUAAGAAGCUCCGGAUCGUCGGUGACAUCCCCAUGGAACUCAUCAACGAAGUCAUGGCAACCAUUACUGACCCGACCUCCAUGCUGGGACCAGAGACCAGCCUGCUGUCGGCCCACUCAGCCCGUGAUGAGGCAGCCCGCCUGGAGGAGAGGAGGGGGGUGAUAGAAUUCCACGUCAUCGGGAACUCCCUCAACCAGAAGCCCAACAAAAGGAUCCUGAUGUGGCUGGUGGGCCUCCAGAACGUCUUCUCCCACCAGCUGCCUCGCAUGCCCAAAGAGUACAUCACACGCCUCGUCUUCGACCCGAAGCACAAGACGCUGUCGCUGAUCAAAGAUGGCCGUGUGAUUGGAGGAAUCUGUUUUCGGAUGUUUCCCUCACAGGGUUUCACAGAGAUCGUGUUCUGUGCCGUCACCUCCAACGAGCAGGUCAAGGGGUAUGGCACUCACCUGAUGAACCACCUGAAAGAGUAUCACAUCAAGCACGACAUCCUCAACUUCCUCACCUACGCAGACGAGUACGCCAUUGGCUACUUCAAAAAGCAGGGCUUCUCUAAAGACAUCAAGGUUCCCAAGGCCAAGUAUCUGGGCUACAUCAAAGAUUAUGAGGGAGCGACGCUGAUGGGCUGUGAGCUCAACCCCAGCAUCCCUUACACCGAGUUCUCUGUCAUCAUCAAGAAACAGAAGGAGAUCAUAAAGAAACUGAUAGAGAGGAAGCAGGCUCAGAUCAGAAAGGUCUACCCAGGACUUUCCUGUUUUAAGGAAGGAGUUCGGCAGAUUCCCAUUGAGAGCAUUCCUGGAAUACGAGAAACUGGAUGGAAACCGCUGGGCAAAGGGAAGGAGCUGAAGGAUCCAGAUCAGCUGUACAGCACCCUGAAGACCAUCUUACAGCACGUUAAGAGUCACCAGAAUGCCUGGCCAUUCAUGGAACCAGUGAAGAAGACUGAGGCUCCUGGUUACUACCAAGUCAUCCGCUUCCCCAUGGACCUGAAGACAAUGUCGGAGCGUCUGAAGAGCAGGUACUACACCACGCGGAAGCUCUUCAUGGCCGACAUGCAGCGCAUCUUCACCAACUGUCGAGAGUACAACCCUCCAGAGAGCCAGUACUACAAGUGUGCCAACCUGCUAGAGAAGGUCUUCUACACCAAGAUCAAGGAGGCAGGCCUCAUUGAGAAGUGAAGGGAUGGGAGGGGCUUCAAGGGAGAUGGGAUGGGCUUAAAGGGAGAGUGUGGUUUAGUUCUAAUGAUUUUCAAAAGGUUUUUAUUGUCUUAGUCUUUAUUUUUCUACUCUUGUCAACUAGAAAAACAGUAGGACCGGCUAUAUGGAGUAGGAAGGAGGGUUUUAGGUUCAUUGGAAUACUCAAUCUCUGCUGUUCUAUCACUCUUCUCUCCAUCCUUGUCAUACUGCCUCCUCUGUCUUUUACUGUGUUUUAUCAGUCUCUGCUUCUUCCUUGCUCCACCUUGUCUUUGUUGACUCAGGAAAACAGAUGUCAUGUAGAAACUCCACCUGUACAGCUAACCUAACCCUACAUCUGUUCAGAGUCCGACAUCUGUUCAGAGUCCGACAUCUGUUCAGAGUCCGACAUCUGUUCAGAGUCCGACAUCUGUUCAGAGUCCGACAUCUGUUCAGAGUCCGAACAUCUGUUCAGAGUCCGACAUCUGUUCAGGGUCCUACAUCUGUUCAGAGUCCUACUGCAUGUAGACGUCACAUCUGUGAACAACUGGACUGCCUGGGAGAAACGGGGAGGGAUAGUCAGCCAGUCAAUUACUCAGCCAUUCAGUCUGUCCGUCUCCAGAUUGGUCUUACUGGGUCGUAAUGGUGUAGGGUGAAGUUGCCACUAGACACUGAUCUUGGGUCAGUUUUGCAUUUUCCCUACUAAUGGUAACAGUUAUGAUUGUGGGAUGGGAAGCUGAUCCUUGAUCUGUACCUAGGGGAAACCUCUCCUCAGGAGUCAUAGUAAUCAGUAAUUAGUUUUAAUGUGUAUGUGUGUGUUACCUAACGCGCGUGUGAGUGUACACAUGAGGUCUGUGUCUCAGAAUGUAUGAGGUCAAAGUUUCUAUGUAUGUUAUUAGAGUUCAUCCUGCCAAAAAAAGGAAAAUUAUAUUUCAAAUCCGUAUGUAUACAUUAAGUAAUUCAAGAGGUUAAACCUCUUGAAUUAUUUAAUAUAUAUUUUCAAUGUACUGUAUAUAAGUUACCCGUCUUGCUUGUCCAUGUAAAAAGUCUCAUAAGGCAAAAGGUGACCAUGAAAAAGCACUUAUUUAUUUUUCAAGCAACUAUUCAGCACCACAUGGUGAAUAAGAACAUUUUUGUUUUCCAUCGAGCUGUUUUGUGUUUUUAGGGAAAUGCACGCUAUGGCUAAUUUAACCAUGUAUAGUUCAUCCUUAUUUAUGUGCUAUAAUUUAAAGGAAUAAUGCUUAACAAAAGGUCUUAAUUUAUUUUGCCUAAUUAUUUCUGUCUAGCAAAUGGAGAUUGCAGUACUAUCUUGUUUUUCUGUUUUGUAUAAAGAUGUUUGUACUUUUUAAACUAUAGGAUAAAUCUGGAUUUUGUGAUAUGUCUGGAGGAGUUAUUACAUGGCCUUUGUACUAUUGCUUUUAAUGCCGUAGUUAUAACCGAUUUUAUAGACUAAUUAAAAUAGAAGUGAAAAUAA